AUGAUAGUUAGUUUGAGGGAUGUGAUGAUUGCUCAGAUGAAGACCCUGAUGACCCUCUUUACAAUCCCAAGUCAAAACAGACAGAUUGGCGAGUCAAGACGCUGCGUGUGCUACGUGAUGGAGAUUUCCGGAGGCGUAUUAUUGCUCCUCAUCAUGCCGCUCAUCACGGGAACAAUUUCAGGCACAGAUGUUUCCAGCUGUGACUCGUGCCAUGAUGAAGCAACAUGCCAGGAGUCACAGGAAAGAGUCGACUCCUUCAGCAGAUUCUCAUGUGUCUGCAAAGAUGGCUUUGUGGGUGAUGGUGUCGCCUGUUACGAUCCCUUAACCUGCAGCGACGGUUCAUGUUGUAGCCAAGGUUAUCAGUGGGCACCUGACAGUGGCUGUGUGGACUUUGACGAAUGCUCCCUCUCCGACCCACCUUGCACGGCGCCUUGGCUUUGCCAGAACACACCCGGCUCCUUUGAAUGCCUGACACCUGCUUCGCUCUCCAGAUCCGCCAUUUCUUCGCCAUCAGUCCAGUUCCGUUGUGGAGACACGAUGUGCCCAGCAGGCAUGGACUGCGUUGGGAAUAACGGGACCAGCUGUGGCGACCCUUGUGAGAGCUACACCGUCCUGGAUGACGAGUGGCGGUCCACAGAAUUUAGAUACAAUAACAGCAACCAGGCGAAUUGUGACCGAAACAUUGAGUGGCUGGGUUGGUAUCGUCUGUUCCUGGGGGACAACAGUGCACGUAUUCCUGAGAGAUGUAUAGACGAAAACAGGUGUGGAACCCAUGCACCUUUGUGGAUAACAGAACCUCAUCCCACACAGUCAGGGCAAAUUGUAACUCGCACUGUGUGUAACGCCUGGCUGAGCCAAUGCUGCCAUUUUGAUUCACACAACAUCCAUGUCAAGCUGUGCUCCAGAGCCGAUUCCAGCUACUAUGUCUACAAACUGGUCAAGCCGUCCACAUGCCGUCUGGCCUAUUGUGCAGAGGCUAAUGGAACAGGUUCUUUUACGACACCGGAACCUGACUCAACAACAACGCCUGAAGAGACUCACACACCAACAACCUCUCACUCAACAACACCCCCCUCAAUAAAAGAGGGCGAGGUCCGUCUGGCAAAUGGAGGAAAUAGCUACUGCUCUGGAAGAGUGGAAAUAUUUCUCCGAGGACAGUGGGGAACAGUGUGUGACGAUAUCUGGAACCUGAACCAUGCUCAGGUGGUGUGCAGACAGUUGGGCUGUGGCAGGGGCCUGGCGGCCCCACAGAGGGCCCACUUUGGACCGGGCAGAGGGCCCAUUUGGUUGGACAAUGUCCGAUGCACAGGCAGAGAAUCGAAGCUCAGUGAGUGCACGCACCAAGGGAUUGGAUCACACAACUGUAAUCACAACGAGGAUGCUGGCGUGGUUUGUGAAGCUGCUUCGCCUUUGAGGCUGAGCAACUCUAACGACCGCUGCUCUGGAAGAGUGGAGGUCUACCAUAAUGGACAGUGGGGGACCGUGUGUGACGACAUAUGGGACCUCACCAACGCCAACGUGGUGUGCGGACAGUUGGACUGCGGCGUGGCUCGCUUAGCACUGCACAGCGCAGCUUUUGGACAAGGCAGUGGGCCCAUCUGGUUGGACGAUGUCCGCUGUUACGGGAAUGAAACCUCCCUCACAAGCUGCAGACAUCUUGGAUUUGGGAGACACAACUGCGUUCACAGCGAGGAUGCUAGCGUUAUUUGUGAAGCGUCGGAACCUUCACUCCAUCCAUCUCAUCUGAUUUGUGGCUCGGACAAAAUCCAAGUGGGCCUGGAUUCACUUUUUAUAACACGCGUUGGUUACAACCCGCUCACUGGCAACCUGGCAGUCCGCAACUGUUCCUGGGCCAGGGUGCAAGGUGGCGUCGUGUGGUACGAAGCUGACGCUCAGGCAGGUGCCUGUGGAAACACGCUGAAGACCAACAGCACACAUGCCGUCUACUCCAACAGUUUAUUUCUUUAUCCAACAAGCAACGCUUCCUUCUCUGUCCCUGCGAGUCUUCCUUUCUCAUGCGUCUAUCCCCUAAACGCAGACAGCAGACUGAACGUGGCCGUCAGACCAGUCCUGGUGACGGAAGGCGGCGUCGUUGGCUCAGGUGCCAAAGCCAGAGCCGCCAUGGUCCUGUUCCGGAACUCCAACUAUACAGAUCCUUAUCCAGCAGGUGCGGUGGUCCUUGCAGUGGGCUCCCCAUUAUAUGUGGGGGUCUCUGUGGACAAGAGAGAUCCCAGCCUGGCACUUGUCCUGGAGGACUGCUUCGCCUCUCACUCCUCAAACCCUGACAAUCCUGAGCGAUACUCCUUCAUCCACAACAAAUGUCCCACUGACCGCCAACAAGUGUCUGUGGUUGAGAGCGGCUCAUCCCUGCGGGCUCGUUUCUCCGCCCUGUUCUUCCUUCUUCAGGGAGAAUACCGAGAUGUUUACCUCCACUGCAGCCUCAGCCUGUGUGACCGCAGGAGGUACUCUUGCAUUCCGUCCUGCACGAGGAGAGCACAACGCGCCAUCUCAAAGUUUACUCCAAUCAAACCACUAACCGUUGGGCCAAUCAUCUGGAAGGGAAAAUUCAUCUGAGUGACACUCACGGCAUUGUUUUUAUUUUUAUUUUUUUUUUCUAUUUUUGACUUAACUCAAAAAGUGAAAAUGUUAAGAAAGUGUGAAUGAAUGAAUAAAAUCACAUGGUGGAUUAUCAGAAAAUCAUUUUUUGUAGGUGACAAUGUCCGACCUUUAUAAUGAUCUGAGAA